UUGGCCACUUGCCUUCAAGCUCCAUCUAUAUAACAUCUUCACUAAAAAUCUGUCAGUGGGAAGUCCUCUUAAAGCCGUCAUGGAAAGAACUCAAGAACUCAAUGUUAAUGAUCAUCAAAACAUAGAAGCAAACCUGAGAGGUCAAGAGGAAAUGAAUACGACUAUGGAAAUCGAAUCAUUGUUCGUACUUCAAUCGAAGAACUACAAGAGGUGGCUUCGGAUUUCCAUUUACGUGUUCUUUGUCCUUGCCUGCCAAGCACUUUCUACAAUUCUAGGCAGAUUGUACUAUGAAAACGGUGGGAAGAGUACAUGGAUGGGAACACUUGUCCAACUCAUCGGCUUCCCUGUUCUGUUUCUCUUCCGCUUCUUUUCCCAAAUCAAAAUUCCUAAAUCAACAGACGCAGAUUUCAGACACUUCCCUUCAUUCACCACCCUUGCGUCAGUUUACAUUGUUAUUGGACUGUUAGGGGCUGCUGUUUCUUAUAUGUCCUCUGUUGGGUUGCUCUACUUACCAGUUUCUACUUUCUCACUCAUCUUGGCCUCACAGUUGGCCUUCACUGCCUUCUUCUCUUAUCUCCUAAACUCACAGAAGUUCACACCUUUUAUCGUGAAUUCUCUAUUUCUCCUUACUAUUUCCUCUGCCCUCCUCGUGGUCAACACUGAUUCAGAAAACACAACAAAAGCGUCUAGAGUAAAAUAUGUGAUAGGGUUCAUAUGUACCGUUGGUGCUUCUGCUGGGAUUGGACUGUUGCUAUCUCUGGUACAACUGAUCCUCAGGAAGGUCAUAAAGAAGCAAACGUUCUCAACAGUCAUGGACAUGGUCGCCUACCAAUCUCUAGUUGCAAGCUGUGUGGUUCUCAUAGGACUUUUUGCUAGCGGGGAGUGGAAAACUCUAACAAGUGAGAUGGAAAGCUACAAACUGGGGAAAGCGCCCUACGUUAUGACUUUGGCCUCGGCAGCUAUAUCCUGGCAAGUCUACACCAUUGGUGUUGUGGGAUUGAUCUUCGAGUCGUCUUCUGUGUUCUCCAAUUCCAUAUCUGUUGUGGGGUUGCCUAUAGUUCCAGUUGUAGCAGUGAUUGUUUUCCAUGAUAAAAUGAAUGCGUCAAAGAUCUUUUCCAUCAUUUUAGCUAUCUGGGGCUUCAUUUCAUAUGUCUAUCAGCACUACCUUGACGAAAAGAAGUUGAAGACUAGCCACACAAGUCCUGUUGGAGGUCCUCACCUACCUGUUGAAGAAGGUCACACAAACAUACAAAGUGUAUGAUCGGGCAUAUACUGUAUAAAGUUCAUGUCUUGUAUUUGAGAAAAGAUAAAAAGAAAAGUGGAACUCUA